GCCAAUUCGACGACGCACUUCUACCACGACGCCCUGCUCGACCACUUCGAGAGCGACGUCGCAUCGCCGACGCGGAAAUGGAGCCAGCGGUACUACGUCGACGAGAGCUUCUGGGGCGGCGCGGGCUUUCCCGUGUUCCUCUACAUCGGCGGCGAGGGUCCGCAGGGCCCCAUGUCGCCGCGCAUGUUCAUCUACGCGCAGGCGAAGGAGCACCGGGCGCUCCUCGUGACCCUCGAGCACCGCUUCUACGGCGAGUCCUUGCCGACGGCGAACAUGGACGACGCAAACCUCCGCUACCUCGCGUCGGCCCAGGCCCUCGCGGACCUCGCGCGGUUCCGCGUCUACGUGUCGUCGUACUCGCCCGACGCGCCGGACGCCGCGUCGACGCCGCCGCUCGAGCUCAAGGCGUCGCCGGGCAUGGACUCGAAGUGGAUCGCCUUCGGGGGCAGCUACCCCGGAGACCUCGCGGCGUGGUUCAAGGAGAAGUACCCGUUCCUGACAGCGGGCGUCGUCGCGUCGUCCGCGCCCGUCUUCGCCGAGUACGACUUCGCGCAGUACUCCGAGGUCGUCGGCGACGCGCUCGCCUACCCGUUGAUCGGCGGCUCGCCGUCCUGCGCCGACGCCGUCCGACGGGGCGUCGAGGACCUGGUCGCCGCGCUCGAGGCCGGCGCGGCGCCGCCGAAGGCGCUCGAGCCGUGCGGAUCCAUCGCGAGCGGCGUCGACCGCGCGCAGUACUACUCGUCGAUCUUCGGCAACUUCCAGGGCGUCGUCCAGUACAACCUCGAGGCGGGCCCGCCCUACGUGUCCGACGUCUGCGACGCCGUCGACGGCGCGCCCUCGCCGAUCGAGGCGCUCGCCGCGGCGACGAGCCUCUUCUCCUCGAACGGGACUGCGUGUCUGUCGUCGGACUUUGAGAAGGAUUACGUCUCCGUGCUGCGGAACGCGACCUUCGACGGCGUAUCCGCGGACCGGCAGUGGAUCUGGCAGAGCUGCAACGAGUUCGGCUUCUUCCAGACGAUCUCGCCGAAGUCGCCCUUCGCGGCCUUCGGCGCCUACCUCAACGUGUCGACGGCGGGACGGGCCGUGUGCUCGGGAGGCUUUGGCGUCGACGAGUACGACGGGCCGCGCGCGGACGCGGCGGGCCUCGUCGCCAACGCGUUCUACGGAGGCCGCACGCUCCAGGGCAUCAACAUAACGGCGGUGAACGGCAACAUGGACCCCUGGCACUCCCUGGGCAUCGUCAACGACACGGACGCCUACCACGCGCCGAGCCAGCGCACGUCCGCCGGCGUCCACGUCGUCGAGCUCGACGGCACGGCGCACUGCCGCGACAUGUACGCGCCGGGCGCGUUCGCGCCCUUCGUCAACGACACGGCGUCCGUCGUCUGGGCCCACGCGACCAUCGCCGCGGACAUCGCGCGCUACCUCUCG